AUGUCUCAACAACCAGGAGCCAUCCAACGAGUUCUGGCCGUCACUAGUGUCACUGCAGUCGUGGCAUUGGCCGGUUAUGCUGUGUAUUUCGACCACCAAAGAAGAAACAAUCCAAACUUCAGAAAGAGCUUGAAGAGGAAGCUAAAAAGACAUGCUGAACAGGAGAAACUGGAGAAAGAGAGAGCCAAGCAGCAAAAGCUGGCACAGGUUGGUGAAUAUCUAAGUGCUGAACUCGCCAAAGACCCUGUGUCAACUGAUCCAGCACAAAGAGAAACCGUUUUCACGUCGAAUGUGGAAAUGGGUGAAAAACUGGCUAGCGCAUCCGGAAACGAGCUGGAGGCCGCCUCUAAGUUCUACAAAGCUCUCAGCGUCUAUCCAAACCCAGCCGAUUUGUUGGGCAUUUACCAAAGAAGCGUUCCCGAGCCUGUCUAUGAGUAUAUUGUUUUGAUGAUUGCCAUCAUGCCCCCAGUUAAUGUAUCGACUUUCUUGAGCGGCAGUGCUCAAAGCGGUUCCGCUGCUAUGGCUCAGGCUGUGGCUGGUCAGGCUGAUGGUGCUCAAAGUGGCGUCGUUGAGAUUGACGAGUAA